CCAACUAACUAACUGUCCCUUUACUUGGUGUCCCAAGACUCCAGUCCCAAUCUCCCAAUAACCAGCAGACUGCAGCAGACUAGCAACCAACAGCUGCCAGUUGUGGCCAGUUGCUUCGUUGCUUUCAUCCAGUCAACACUCAUCAGUUGUUGCAAUUAUCGUCAAUUAAUAAUCAUUUUUUUAUUUUGUUAUUUAAUUCCAGUAGGUUAAAUAAUAAAUAGUGAUGGGCAAUUUAACAACCAGUGUAUCCAAAUUUUAUUAUAAAUAAUAAUAACAACAACUAUUUGUGACAGUUAAUAUGUUUAUGUGUAAAUAUCAAUUACUUUAAAUACUAUUAUUAAAACAAAGUGAAAAUGAUGAAGAUGAUGAAAAAAAUAACAAUAAUUCAUCGUAAAACUAUUUUUUUUGUCAGUUAUAAGUUUAAUAAUAACAACAACAACAACAACAACAACAACAACAACAACAACAACAACAACAUUGACUGAUGACACUACUUAAAUGACAUAAUAAUACUCGAUGAAUUUUAAAUCAUUAAUAAAUAUAUUUAUAUAUUUGGUAGAAACUUAUAAUAAAAUAUAUUGUUGAUCGGGACAGAUAAAAGUAAAGCUGUAGUAAAAAGUAGUUGUGAUAGUUGUGAUAGUUGUGAUAGUUGUUAGUUGUUAGUUGUAAGUUGGACGCGUGAGCGUGAGUACGUUAUGAGUGUAUUGUUUUUAUUGUUUUCGUCAGUUAGUAGUAGCGAUUGCAGUUAUUGCAGUUAUUGCAGUAGAUUUUCAAAUAAAAAGAAAAAAAAUGUUGAGCCACUAGUGUUAUUAUCAUCAUCAUCGUUAAUGCUCGACAGAGUGGAAAACCGUGACGGCUCCCGCCAGGACCAAAAAUACAGUAGUGGGCUGGUUAAUUACAAAUUUGUAAAAAGUGUUGGCGUGCUGCUGGAUGGUGGCAUAUCUAUUAACAUCAUUACAUCCUCCACCACCAGCACUAGCACCAGCACUAGCACCAGCACCACCAUCACCACCACCAUCAAUAAAAUAAUGCCUCGGACGAUUACAAGACGAGGAUUGCGGGCCCUUGUAUUUGUACUCGUUACCGUUUAUGCAACCGUAUUAAUAUAUCAGGCAGUUUUGUCACCACCGGUUAUAUCCCCAGUCAUGUCACGUCAACAGUGGCCUGAAGAAAAUUUAAUUGGAUUAACUAAUGGUCACAGUGUAAAUGUUCCAGUGCAAAGGGUAAUCGACGUCGAAGAAACAACUCUAACACCUUCACUGGCAACAGCAACAGUUACAACAACAUCUUUAUCAACAAACCUUAAUGACCUUUUUAUUAGUGUUAAAACUACACGGCACUAUCAUCAUUCCCGAUUACCGGCAAUAAUCACCACGUGGUUUCAAGAUGCCAAAGAUCAGACGUGGUUCUUUACCGAUCGUGACGAUCCACAUUUUCAGAAUUUAACAAAUGGUCAUAUGAUCAAUACCAAAUGCUCAUCUUCUCACAAUAGGAGAGCAUUGUGCUGCAAGAUGUCUGUAGAGCUGGAUACAUUUCUUGAAAGCGGUAAAAAAUGGUUUUGUCAUUUUGAUGAUGAUAAUUAUGUAAACGUCCCACGUCUUUUGCGGUUACUGGACAAUUACAAUCCUCGGAAAGAUUGGUAUCUUGGUAGACCCUCAAUACCAGCACCUUUGGAAAUUAUGAGACAACACGAAAGCUUAGCUGAACCUUCUAAACGAUUUCGCAAAGUUAAAUUUUGGUUCGCAACUGGAGGGGCAGGUUUUUGUAUCAGUAGAGCUCUGGCACUGAAAAUGGUUCCUGUAGCUGGAGGUGGAAAAUUUAUUACGGUUGGUGAUCGAAUCAGACUUCCCGAUGACGUGACAAUGGGUUACAUAAUUGAACAUCUUUUGAAAAAACAGCUAACGGUUGUCGAACAAUUUCACUCCCAUCUUGAACCGAUGAAAUUUCUCAACAACGAUACAUUUCACGAACAGAUAUCAUUCAGCUAUUCCAAGGGCCCCAGAGUCGAGUGGAAUAUCGUCAAGAUUGACGGUUUUGACCUUAAAGAUGAUCCAAACAGGUUUCGAUCAAUACAUUGUCGUUUGUUUCGAAAAACAGAGAUCAAUUGCCCUCACAGAUGAUGAUACACUACAAUUGUUUGUAGUUUGCAUAUCAAAGGCUUUCAGUAAUUAUAAUGCGCGUAUCCAAAGAGAACGUCGUAUGGAUGUGAAAGAUAAUUUUUACUUUUGUUUCACAUAUUCUAUUUGUAUAUUUUGUAUAAAAAAUACUAAUUAUCUCUUUGUAAGCUUUUAAGUCCAUUUCAUCUAUAAAUACAUACACAAAAAUCACAUUAUAAUUGAAAUGUGUAAUAUAAUGAUGGUAUAUAAAUAUA